GUUUGCAACAAUGGAUUGAUACUAAAGGAAUCUAAAAUGUUUAGAUUCUUGUGGAAAAACAACAAAACUUAGAGCAAAUACGUGCUGUAUAAAUGUGUGCAUAUAUAGUUUUCAUGCAAACAUUGCACAGAAACUAACCCACAAUUUCAAGACUGAAAACCAAGCAGAGAAUUGCAGAAAAUUAAAGAGAAGUGAAGAAGAAGAUGGUGUUGCUUCUUUCAAACUGGUCUGAUGUUCAAUCUGUGCCUGAACAUUACAUUUUCCCACCCGAUGUCAGACCUGGAAACCUCGAUUUCCCCACUUAUACCGACAUUCCAAUCAUAGACCUCGGAAACCCUGACAAGAAUGAAACCAUUCAGCACAUCCUUAAAGCAUGCCAAGACUCUGGGAUUUUCCAGGUGAUUAACCAUGGAGUGUCUGAGGAUCUAAUGGAUGAAACAAUGAAUGUUCUUAAGGAAUUCUUCAAUCUGCCUGGAGAAUACAAGGAAAGUUUUUACUCCCAGGACAUGACUAAACCCUGCAGAAUUUUCUCCAGCACUUUAGCUUAUGAAACCGAAGAGUUUCACUUCUGGAGAGACAACUUCACCCACAGAUGUCACCCCCUGGAAGAUAACAUCCAUUCCUGGCCAGAAAAACCCACCAAAUACAGAUCUGUUGUGAGUGAGUAUUCGGUGGAAACUCGAAUGCUUCUGUUGAGGAUCUUGAAUAUGAUAUCUGAAGGACUGGGAAUCGAAGCGGGGUUCUUUGAAGGAGAAUUGAGCAAAACUCACUUAUUGUCAGUGAACCAUCACAUUCCAUGCCCGGAUCCAUCUCUCACUCUGGGAAUGCCUGUGCAUGCUGAUCCAAAUCUCAUCACCCUUCUUCACCAGGGUCAAGUUCCAGGGUAUCAGUUCCUCAAAGAUGGCCGCUGGACCAACGUUGCCCCUCUCCGCAACGCCUUCAUCGUCCAACUUGGCCUAACCAUAAAGGUGGUGAGCAACGACAGGUUCAAGGCAGUAAUACAUCGUGUGGUGACGAACUCGAAACAGAGCCGAACUACCAUCGGAGUGUUUCUUGGCCCGUCUCAAGAAAUCUCCAUUGAACCGGCUGGAGCUUUGGUGGAUUCCGGCGAGCCGCCGGUGUACCGGGCUUUUACGUACCCGGAGUUGUUCAACUUCUUCAAGGCAAAUCAUUGCGAUGGACUCCGAUGCUUCAAGACCGACUCCAAUUAGUUGCACCACUUGCAAGGCGGACCAGAGUCUAAAAAUACACAAAUUACAUACAAAAUGUUCACAAUUUACAUACUGAAUGUUCAUAAUUUAAAUUGUGAAUAUUUAGCAUGUAAAAUCUAAACAUUCAAUAUGUAAUUGUGUAUUUUUGAAUUCAAGUUCACAUUGUAAAGUGGACCUAGGUCCCCCGAAUAAUUUAUCAAUUAGUUAUGUGUAAGCGAAAUAAUCAUGUAACCGUAUAUUUUCAAUGUUAAAAACAGGUUUGAACUGUACACUUUUCGGUAGUGGUUGCGGACUUUUCUUUUAUAUGUAAUAUAAAGUGUUGUGGAAGAAAUAAUGGUAGCAUGAGCUUUUGCUUGGUUUGA